CGGAAGUACUAUUAUUUAUUGUGGCUAUCAUUACUUCACACUCCUCUUUCCAGCCUAUUAGAAUUAACUAGUUAUUAUAAUUUAUGAAGUGUAUGACAUGAUCCCUAACAUUAAUAUCAUUAAGAUGAAUUGCAGAUGCUCUUUAAUUAUCCCCGUAAUCACAAUACCGGGAACUACAAUUUAGGGAAAACGAAACCUAUGGUCCGCUGUUUAUCUAGAGACCGCCUGGGUUCAUGAAAAACAAGCUAAACCAGGAAGAAACUUUUGAAACAGUCCGAUCGACGCCAAAGGGCGCUUCUCUUUCGUUUAUUAAAACGGGGACCAACACCAUGGCUGAAGGUAAAGGCAACAUCUCAGAGAAAAUAGAAGAGGAGUUCCUGCAAUGUAAGAUCUGUUUUGAGGUGUACAGGACACCUCGCACCCUGUCCUGCCUUCAUUCUUUCUGUGAGCCAUGUUUGGAGCUGCUGCUGGACAAACAGAAAGGCACAGUGACCUGUCCAGAGUGCCGCGCAGUCAGUGACCUGCAGGGCUGCGUCCGCAAUGCCAAAGCCAGCUUUUUCAUCAACAGCCUCCUGGACCUUUUCCGAUCCAAGACCACCGAACAAACAGCCUGUUCGCUGUGUCCGGCCUUGGGUAAGUCUGCUGUGCCCGCCUCCUCGCGUUGUUUGGACUGCGCCGACUUCCUGUGCACGUCCUGCGCCCAGGGCCACUGCCUCUCCAAGCUGACGCUGGAGCACCGAGUGGUGAGUCUGGAGGACUACGUUGCUGGGCGCUACGAUGAGGAGGCCAGGAGAAAGCAGGAGCGCCACUGCCAGAACCACCAGGAGCCUCUGCGGUUCUACUGUAACACCUGCUCCAGCACCAUCUGCAGGGACUGUCGCAUGCUGGAGCACUUCUCCCACGAGGUGCUGUCCCUGGCCCAGGCCACCACAGCCAGGAGGCCCCAGCUAGAAAAGCUCAUCGGCAGCCUGGACGGCAACAUAAGGAGCCUGUCUCAGCAGGAGCAGGAGGUGGGCUCCGCCAUACAGCAGCUUAAGGAGGCAGAGAGCGUCAUUAUAGACCAACUCGCCGGACACAUAUCACUUAUAAUGGAACAGCUUUUCACUCAAAGGGAUGCCGUUUCUAAGGAACUGUCCGACUUCAUCCAACAGCAGGAGCAGAAGUACCUGUCGAUUAAAAGUGAUCUCUGUGAUCAUGUCAACUCAGCACAAAAUACCAAAGACUUCUCCUCACAAGUCAUGCAGAAGGGAAAGGACUAUGAAAUCCUGGAUCUGGAGCAGACCAUUCAGGGCCAAAUUGAGAGACUUAAGAAAGUCAGCAUCCCAGUCGUUGAGACGAAAACCCCUUUGCUGAUGAUAAAGGAAGAUAUAGACUUGUCCAGUGGAAUGUUCCAAUUAAUGUUUGACGUACACGCAGAUUCACAGAAGAGUCCAAAUGUGUCUGACACCGGCCUCAAACAAGAGCCACAGACAUCGGCUCCGAAAACUGCUGAGACAUGCGCUCAAACAUCCACCCCUCCUCAAGCUCAGCCAGCUCAGGCCAUGCAGCAGAUCCCGCCUCCAAGUCCAUGCGGGAACCAACACAGCGACAUUCCAAGUUCAUUCUCUUUAAUCCGUUUUUUUGACACAGAUGAUGACGAGAGCAGAAAUCACGAGAACAUAACCGGCAUUAGUCUGUUCCCAAGCCGGGACAUAGUGAUUGCAGAUACCAGCAACUUCAAGAUCAAGAGAGUAAUCCGAAAUGGACAAAUUAGGGAAACCAUCACCACUGAAGACAGGGGCUGGAAUGACAUCAACCCUUUCAGUGUUGCGGUGUGUGACGACACCAUUUUUUUUACAUCAGGAUCUAGGCUGUUCAAGGUCCCAGAGGACCAAUGUGAUGACAUAGUUCAGGUCUGCAACCUGCGAGGGUCCCACAACGAGUACUGCAUUGCAGCUUAUCAGAACGAAUACAUUGCGGUGAGCGAAGGCACUUCCUGCUCUCUGUCUCUGUACGAACCCAAUGGCGUAUUAGUGGACAGAGUUAAUCCCGACUAUGAAGGAAAAUUUGUUUUUUUGGCGGUGAACAGCAUGGAAGAGUUCAUCAUCUGUGACACAAUGAAGAAGUGCAUUAUCGUCCUGAACCGUGCAGAGCAGAUUCUAAACAUAUGCAGUUCUGCUGAUUCUUAUUCUUUUAAUCCCAGGAGUGUCUGCGUGGACAAGUGGAGCAAUAUCUAUGUCGUAGAGGGUAAGAGGAUCGUGCUGCUCUCGCCCAGUGGUGAUUUUGUGCGCCAGCUGUUCAGCUUCUCUGGGUACACACCGAAGCUUAUAGCUGCAGAUGAUCAUGGACACCUCAUAAUGGUCAAUAAAAAAGGAAAUGUCAGGAUCUACAAAGCCCAACUGUAGCUCAUAGUAUGCACCAAGCUGCAAUGAGCAGAUACGUUUUUGUUGUAAAACAAAGACUAUUUUGGCUACAGAUGUAAAUAUUGGUUAUCGCCUCAGCAGCGCAAACAGUCAACAAGGAAUUGUGCCAGCUGUGGGAAUUCGGACCAGUGUGGCUCUUUCCUCAGGAAGAGCAUUGACAUGGAUCAUCAGUAUGAAGUAUAAAUCGUCGUUGUUUAUACUGCUUACAUUCCUGUUUUUUUUUUAUAGACAAAUCACUAUAAAUAAUGACUUAAUUAAAUAAUGACAAAGAUUAUUCCCAUUUUGUCAUAUUCGGUUACGUUUCUUGUUUCAUUAUGUUUUCAUGCCGUUUGUGUUGGUAGCAUGACAAAGUGAUGUAGAAAACUGUAACACAGAAAAAGAGAAGGCUAUCUUUGUUUACAGUUGAGGCUGUAACUGUCAGGAAACAGAUAAAUAACACACAUCUUGGGAGCACAAGCCACCAUGUGCAGCAUUUUCAGUUCAGUCUACUGAUACAUUACAAUUUUUAUGGACCAAUUCAUAUUUUAGUUAACUGAUUUUUUGCAAUUAUUACAGAUAAUAAGAAAUAAUCACACUUAUUUGUUGGCAUCUCAGUGUUGGGCCAAAAAGUUUCUAUUCUGUUAUGUUUUGUCAAAAUCUAAAAUUUAUUGAAGAUUAUUCUGCUCUUUAAAAAUAAGACAGAGGCUUGUGAUUUAUUUUGCAAAUCAUACAUAUUUUGAAAGCAGCUUGUUUAAAUUGGUAUUUGUAGAAAAGAUCUGCUCAAUAAACUUGAUUUCUAUGAUG